AUGGCAUUCUAUGUAUGUAGUGCUGGGGUCUCAAAACUUGGUCAAGCGCGUGAGAAGCAAAGACUGAAAGAAGAGAAGGAAGCCAAGCGGGCUCGUUUGGAUGGCAGGCACGACUACUUGUUUUCCAUUGUGGCUUCCUGUGUGGACCUGAACAAGACAGAGGUAGAGGAUGCCGUCCUCGAGGGGAGUCAGAUUGAAAGAAUCGAUCAGCUUUUUGCUGUGGGAGGUCUUCGUCACCUCAUGUUUUAUUACCAGGAUGUGGAAGUGGUAGAAACAGGGCAGCUUGGCUCUCCAGCAGGAGCAAAUCUUCUUUCUGGGAAGAUGAAAAAACCCAAGGUGUUUGUGACGGAGGGAAAGGACGUUGCUCUUACUGGGGUCUGUGUCUUCUUCAUCAGGACUGACCCUUCAAAAGCCAUCACCCCGGAGAAUAUCCAUCGGGAGGUGAGCUUUAACACGCUGGACGCCGCGGAGGGUGGCCUGCUCAGCAGUGUCCGGUGUUUGCUGUCGGAAAUCUUCAUCCCGGCUCUCAGGGCCACCAGCCAUGGCUGGGGUGAGCUAGAGGGUCUUCCGGAAGCACCGAGCGUUCGCCGAGAGUUCUUGAACUCACUGGAAGGCUUUGCCAGUGUUCUGUUGGGUGCCCAAGAGAGUCUAAAGGAGAAGGUGAACCUUCAACGGUGUGACGUUUUUGAACUGAAAACUGUGAAGGAACCAAUGGAUUACUUGACUCUAGCAGGUAAUCCCGAGACUGUGGAGAAAGCAGAAGGAUGCAUGAAAGGAUGGAUCAAACAGACAGAACAGGUUCUUGCAGAGAACAACCAGCUGCGGAAAGAAGCAGAUGACCUUGGGCCCCGAGCAGAGCUGGAGCACUGGAAGAAAAGGCUCUCCAGGUUCAACUACCUUUUGGAUCAACUGAAAUGCCCGGAUGUGAAGGGUGUGCUGGCCGUGCUGACUGCUGCCAGGUCAAAGCUUCUGAAGACUUGGCGGGAGCUGGAUAUUCGGAUCACCCAUGCGGUCAAUGAAGCGAAGGACAAUGUCAAGUAUCUUUACACACUGGAGAAGUGCUGUGACCCCCUGUACAGCAACGACCCUAUUGCAAUGCUUGAUGCUAUUCCUACACUUAUAAAUGCUAUCAAAAUGAUCUAUAAAAUCUCUCAGUACUAUAACACUUCUGAGAAAAUCACAUCACUGUUUGUCAAGGUGACCAAUCAGAUGAUAUCUGCCUGUAAAUCCUAUAUCAGCAACAAUGGGACCGCUACCAUCUGGAGCCAACCACAGGAUGUGGUUCUGGAGAAGAUACUGUCUGUGAUUAAACUGAAGGAGGAAUACCAACACCACUUUCACAAGACCCAACAAAAGCUCAGACAAGACCCCAAUGAGAAGCAGUUUGAAUUUAGUGAGAUGUACAUUUUUGGAAAGUUUGAAACAUUCCACCGGCGCCUGGCCAAGAUCAUCAACAUAUUUACAACCUUCAGGACAUACUCUGUCCUGCAAGAUUCUACCAUUGAAGGGAUGGACAACAUGGUGACCAAGUACCAGGGUAUUGUUUCUACCAUAAAGAAAAAGGAGUAUAACUUCUUAGACCAGCGGAAAAUGGAUUUUGAUGAGGAUUAUGAAGAGUUUUGCAAGCAAACUAAUGACCUUCAUAGUGAGCUAAAGAAAUUCAUGGAUGUUGCCUUUGAAAAGAUUCACAGCACAACUCAAGCACUAAACAUGCUAAGGAAGUUUGAAAGAUUGAACAUCCCUAAUCUUGGCAUCGAUGACAAAUACAGACGAGUCCUGGAGAACUUCGGGGCUGACGUGGACACCAUCUCGAAUCUGUACACAAAGCAGAGAUGUGACCCUCCGCUGGCUCGGGACCAGCCUCCCAUCGCUGGGAAAAUCUUGUGGGCCCGGCAGCUGUUCCAGCAGCUCCAGCACCCAAUGCAGUUCUUCCAGCAGCACCCCACGGUGCUGCAAUCCCAGGAGGCCAGGCCUGUGAUCCGCAGCUACAACCGGGUGGCCAAGGUCCUCCUGGAGUUUGAGGUUCUUUACCACCGGGCGUGGCUGCAACAGACUGACGAAAUUCACAUAGGACUUGAAGCCUCCUUAUUGGUGAGGGCACCAGACACAGGGGAACUGUUUGUGAACUUUGACCCUCAGAUACUGACCUUGUUUAGAGAAACAGAGUGCAUGUCACAGAUGGGUCUGCAGGUCUCACCUCUGGCGGCCACCCUCUUCCGGAAGCGGGACACGUACAAGAAGAAUUUCAGUAACAUGAAGAUGAUGCUGUCAGAAUACCAGAGAGUCAAAUCCAAAAUGCCUUCCGUCAUCGAGCAGCUGAUGUCCCCGCAUCUGGCCAAGGUAGACGAAGCCCUCCAGCCUGGUCUAGCUGCUCUCACCUGGACUUCGUUGAAUAUUGAGGCCUAUUUAAAAAAGGCUUUUGCGAAGAUCGAGGAGCUGGAGCUACUGCUGGACAGAGUCAAUGACUUGAUUGAGUUUCGCAUCAAUGCCAUUUUUGAAGACAUGAGCAACGUCCCCCUCUGUGAGCUCCCCCAGGAGGAACCACUCAGCUGUGAAGAGUUUCUCCAAAGAACAAAGGACCUUUGUGGAAGUGGUGUCCAGAUACUACAUUUUAAGAGCUCACUAGUGGAGGAAGCUGUUAAUGAACUAAUAAGCAUGUUGCUGGAUGCUGACACUCUCUCUAAAGAAGAAAGGGAACAAGUCUUGAGUGUGAAGAGUGCUCACCUGGAAUAUGAAAGUUCAGCUAAGCGAGAAGACAGUUCCAGCGCUGUGGCUUCUUCCCUUAAGGCUGGGGCUGGCCUCCUAUCUUCGACUGCAGUCACGAGGAAGAAGAAAGAGACGGAGACGCUGGAGGAAGAAGCCUGUGAGCUGCUCUCACAUUUUAACCAUCAGAACAUGGAUGCACUCUUGAAAGUUACAAGGACCGCGUUGGAGACCAUUCGCAGGCGCAUUCAUUCCUCCAACUCCAUGAAUUUCCUGGACAGUAACAGCACCGCCAAGAUGAAGCAGAACAGCCUGCCCAUUUUCCGGGCAGCCGUCACCCUGGCCAUCCCCAACAUCACCAUGACCCCUGCCCUGGAGGACGUCCAGCAGACUCUGAAUAAAGCCGUGGAGUGUGUUGUCAGUGUCACCAAAGGGGUGAGACAGUGGAGCAGUGAGCUCAUGACCAAGAAAAAGACACAAGAAAGAAAAAUGGCAGCUCUGCAGAACAAUGAAGGCAGUGAUGCUGAUACUGAAAUGGGAGAGAGUGAAGCUCAAGAGACUUUUGAGAUAGCAUCUGUAAAUUUGCCCAUUCCUGUGCAACCGAAGAACUAUUAUAAGAAUGUUUCUGACAACAAAGAGAUUGUCAAAUUAGUUUCUGUGCUUAGCACCAUCAUUAAUUCCACCAAAAAGGAAGUCCUUGCUUCCAUGGAUUGCUUCAAACGCUACAACCACAUCUGGCAAAAGGAGAAAGAAGAAACCAUCAUGACAUUCAUUAUGAAAAACCCUUCACUCGCUGAAUUUGAAUCCCAGAUUCUCUAUUUCCAAAACCUAGAGCAGGAAAUUAAUGCUCAGCCAGAAUGCAUCUGCGUGGGCUCCGUGGCUCUCUACACCGCUGAUUUGAAGUUUGCCCUGAGCAUGGAGACCAAGGGCUGGAUGGCUCUCAUCGGCCGGCACUGCAACAGGAAACACAAGAGCCAGAUGGAGAGCAUCUUCACGCGCGUGGAGGAGUUCAGUAAGAAGCUGAACCGCCCCAUCAAAGACCUGGAUGACAUCCGGAUCGCCAUGGCAGCCCUGAAGGAAAUCAGAGAGCAGCAGAUCUCCAUUGACUUUCAAGUGGGCCCUAUUGAGGAAUCCUACGCCCUGCUGAACAGAUACGGACUUCUGAUAGCAAAGGAAGAAAUGGACAAGGUCGACACGCUGCACUAUGCUUGGGAGAAGCUUCUGUCACGUGCCAGCGAAGUUCAGAAUGAAUUAGUCUCCCUGCAACCUGCUUUCCGGAAAGAGCUUAUUAGCACCGUGGAGGUCUUCCUCCAAGACUGUCACCACUUCUAUGCAGACUAUGAUCUGAAUGGUCCCAUGGCUAGUGGCUUGAAACCCCAGGAAGCCAGCGAUAGGCUGAUCAUGUUUCAGAAUCAGUUUGAUAAUAUCUAUCGGAAAUACAUCACCUGCACUGGAGGGGAGGAGCUUUUCGGUCUGCCAGUUACGCAGUAUCCUCAACUUCUGGAAAUCAAGAAGCAACUCAACCUGCUACAGAAACUGUACACUUUGUACAACAGUGUGAUAGAGACCGUGACUAGUUAUCAUGAUAUACUUUGGUCAGAGCUGAAUAUUGAAAAGAUCAACAGUGAACUUUUGGAGUUCCAGAACAGCUGUCGGAAGCUGCCCCGUGCCUUGAAAGACUGGCAGGCAUUCUUGGAUCUGAAGAAGACCAUCGAUGACUUCAGUGAGUGCUGCCCACUGCUGGAACACAUGGCCAGCCCGGCCAUGAUGGAGAGGCACUGGGAGAGGAUCUCGGCUCUUACCGGGCACAGUCUGGAUGUGGGGAAUGAAGCCUUCAAGCUGAGGCACAUCAUGGAGGCACCCCUUCUGAAAUACAAAGAGGAAAUAGAGGACAUCUGCAUCAGUGCUGUUAAGGAGAGGGACAUCGAACAGAAGCUGAAGCAGGUGAUUCAUGAGUGGGACAACAAGACAUUCACAUUCAGCAGCUUUAAAACCCGCGGGGAGCUGCUCUUGCGAGGGGACAGCACCUCGGAGAUCAUUGCCAGCAUGGAGGAUGGCCUGAUGCUCCUAAGCUCUCUCCUGAGCAACAGGUAUAACAUGCCAUUCAAAACUCAGAUUCAGAAAUGGGUGCAAUACCUUUCCAACUCCACAGACAUUAUUGAGAACUGGAUGAUGCUGCAGAACCUGUGGAUUUACCUGGAAGCCGUCUUUGUGGGAGGAGACAUUGCCAAACAGCUUCCAAAGGAAGCCAAGCGCUUUUCCAACAUAGACAAAUCGUGGGUGAAGAUCAUGACUCGGGCACACGAGAUGCCGAACGUGGUGCAGUGCUGUGUAGGGGACGAGACCCUGGGGCAGCUGCUGCCUCAUCUGCUGGACCAGUUGGAAAUAUGCCAGAAGUCCCUUACGGGCUACUUGGAGAAGAAACGACUCUGCUUCCCUCGGUUUUUCUUCGUCUCUGACCCUGCCCUCCUGGAGAUUCUGGGCCAAGCAUCAGAUGCACACACCAUACAAGCCCAUUUGCUGAAUGUGUUUGAUAACAUUAAAAGCAUCAAGUUCCAUGAGAAGAUCUAUGACCGCAUCCUGUCCAUUUCUUCUCGAGAGGGUGAGACCAUUGAAUUGGCUAAGCCUGUGAUGGCAGAGGGCAAUGUGGAAGUCUGGCUCAAUGCUCUCCUGGAGGAAUCUCAGUCUUCAUUGCAUCUCGUGAUUCGUCAGGCAGCUGCAAAUAUUCAAGAAACGGCUUUUCAACUGAUUGAAUUUCUUUCUGCCUUCCCCGCUCAGGUUGGAUUAUUAGGCAUUCAGAUGAUCUGGACACGGGAUUCGGAAGAAGCCCUAAAACACGCCAAGUUGGAUAAGAAGAUCAUGCAGAAAACCAACCAGUCUUUCCUGGCGCUGCUAAACACCUUGAUUGACAUCACUACGAAGGACCUAAGUUCCAUGGAGCGCGUGAAAUAUGAGACUUUGAUUACUAUUCACGUGCACCAAAGGGAUAUCUUUGACGAUCUGUGCCAAAAGCAUGUCAAGAGCCCCACAGACUUUGAGUGGCUGAAACAGUGCCGGUUUUAUUUCAACGAAGAUUCUGACAAGAUGCUGAUCCACAUCACCGACGUCUCUUUCAUAUACCAGAAUGAAUUUUUGGGCUGUACUGACAGACUGGUCAUAACUCCCCUCACGGACAGGUGUUAUAUCACGUUGGCUCAAGCACUUGGCAUGAGCAUGGGGGGAGCUCCCGCCGGACCUGCAGGAACAGGCAAAACAGAGACGACCAAGGAUAUGGGACGUUGUCUCGGGAAAUAUGUCGUGGUUUUCAAUUGUUCAGACCAGAUGGAUUUCAGGGGACUUGGAAGGAUUUUUAAAGGACUGGCACAGUCUGGCUCCUGGGGUUGUUUUGAUGAGUUUAACCGGAUCGAUCUAUCGGUUCUGUCUGUCGCAGCCCAGCAAAUUUCCAUUAUUCUGACAUGUAAAAAGGAGCAUAAGAAAUCUUUUGUUUUCACUGAUGGAGAUAAUGUGACUAUGAACCCUGAAUUUGGACUCUUUCUGACCAUGAAUCCUGGGUAUGCCGGAAGACAGGAACUUCCAGAAAACCUGAAGAUUAACUUCCGCUCUGUGGCCAUGAUGGUCCCUGACCGGCAGAUCAUCAUACGGGUGAAGCUGGCCAGCUGCGGAUUCAUUGACAACAUUGUUCUGGCCCGGAAGUUCUUCACGCUCUACAAGCUGUGUGAGGAGCAGCUUUCUAAGCAGGUGCAUUAUGACUUUGGUCUGCGUAACAUUCUGUCAGUUCUACGGACAUUGGGAGCAGCCAAAAGGGCUAACCCCAUGGACACAGAAUCCACCAUUGUCAUGCGGGUGCUACGAGACAUGAAUCUGUCUAAACUGAUUGAUGAGGAUGAACCUUUAUUUUUGAGUUUGAUUGAAGAUCUCUUCCCAAAUAUUCUUCUGGACAAAGCUGGUUACCCUGAGUUGGAAGCAGCGAUCGCUAGACAGGUAGAAGAAGCUGGUUUAAUCAACCAUCCUCCUUGGACACUGAAGGUCAUCCAGCUGUUUGAAACCCAGAGAGUGCGUCAUGGAAUGAUGGCCCUGGGUCCGAGUGGAGCGGGGAAAACCACUUGCAUCCACACCUUGAUGAGAGCCAUGGCAGAUUGUGGAAAACCACACCGGGAAAUGCGGAUGAAUCCCAAAGCAAUCACAGCCCCACAGAUGUUUGGCCGGCUGGAUGCAACCACCAAUGACUGGACUGACGGAAUCUUUUCCACCCUGUGGAGGAAGACCUUGAGGGCGAAGAAAGGGGAACAUAUCUGGAUAGUUCUUGAUGGCCCCGUAGAUGCCAUCUGGAUUGAAAAUCUGAAUUCUGUUUUGGAUGAUAACAAAACUCUGACUCUUGCUAAUGGCGAUCGGAUUCCCAUGGCUCCAAACUGCAAGAUAGUCUUUGAACCUCAUAACAUUGACAAUGCUUCUCCUGCGACUGUCUCAAGAAAUGGGAUGGUUUUCAUGAGUUCUUCUGUUCUCGACUGGAGCCCAAUUCUUGAGGGUUUUCUUAAGAGACGCUCCCCCCAGGAAGCAGAGAUUCUCCGUGAGCUGUACGCCCAGACUUUCCCCGCCCUGUACCAAUUUAGUGUCCAGAACUUGCAGCACAAGAUGGAGGUUCUGGAGGCCUUCGUCAUCAUGCAGAGCCUCCACGUGCUUCAGGGCCUGAUCCCUCCCAAGGAGCAAGGUGUGGACGUGACCCCAGAGCACCUGGGGAGGCUCUAUGUCUUCUCUCUGAUGUGGAGCGUGGGGGCUGUGCUGGAACUGGACGGCCGUCACCGCCUGGAGCACUGGCUACGCUCGCAGGACCCGCUGACCCUGGACCUGCCGGCCCUCACGGGUGCCGAGGAUACCAUGUUCAACUAUUAUGUAGCUCCCGAGGGUGAGUGGAGGCAUUGGAACACCUGCACUGAGGAAUACGUGUAUCCGUCCGACAGCUCCCCAGAAUAUGGCUCCAUUCUGGUGCCGAACGUUGACAAUGUAAGAACAGACUUUCUGAUAAAAACCAUCGCAAAGCAGGGCAAGGCUGUGCUGUUGAUUGGGGAGCAAGGAACAGCCAAAACAGUCAUCGUUAAAGGAUUCAUGUCAAAGUAUGAUCCCGAGGGCCACGUGGUCAAGAGCCUGAACUUCUCGUCUGCCACCACCCCACUGAUGUUUCAGAGGACAAUGGAGAGCUAUGUGGAUAAACGUAUGGGUACAACCUAUGGCCCCCCUGCAGGAAAGAAGAUGACUGUCUUUAUUGAUGAUGUGAAUAUGCCAGUAAUCAAUGAGUGGGGAGAUCAGGUGACUAAUGAAAUAGUACGGCAACUGAUGGAACAGAAUGGAUUUUAUAACUUAGAGAAGCCCGGAGAGUUCACCAGUAUUGUGGACAUCCAGUUUUUGGCUGCCAUGAUCCAUCCUGGGGGUGGACGAAAUGACAUACCCCAGAGACUCAAGAGGCAGUUCUCCAUAUUUAACUGCACACUGCCCUCCGAUGCUUCCAUGGACAAGAUCUUUGGUGUGAUCGGGUCAGGCCACUACUGUCCCCAGAGAGGUUUCUCAGAAGAAAUGAGAGGAUUGGUGAUGAAAUUGGUUCCCUUGACACGACGACUGUGGCAGAUGACGAAGAUUAAAAUGCUCCCAACCCCUGCAAAAUUCCACUACGUAUUUAACCUUCGGGAUCUGUCUAGGAUCUGGCAGGGCAUGCUGAACACGACUUCAGAAGUGUUUUGUGAACCAGAUGACCUGCUAAGACUGUGGAAGCACGAGUGUAAGCGUGUCAUUGCUGAUCGCUUCACGGGGCCUCGUGAUGUGACCUGGUUUGACAAGGCUCUAGCGAGUCUGGUGGAGGAAGAGUUUGGCGGAGAGAAGAAACUCUUGGUGGAUUGUGGCGUUGACACUUAUUUUGUAGAUUUCUUGAGGGACGCCCCUGAAGCUACAGGUGAAACGGCUGAGGAAGCUGAUGCUGACAUGCCUAAAAUCUACGAGCCCAUUGGCUCUUUCGAGAGCCUCAAGGAACGCCUCAACAUGUUUUUGCAGCUCCACAAUGAGGGCGUCCGCGGGGCCGGGAUGGACCUGGUGUUUUUCAAAGAUGCAAUGAUUCACUUAGUCAAGAUCUCACGUGUGAUCCGGACUCCACGAGGAAACGUCCUCCUGGUGGGGGUGGGUGGAUCAGGGAAGCAGAGCUUGACGAGGUUGGCUUCGUUCAUCGCUGGCUAUUCUUCCUUCCAGAUCACCCUGACAAGGUCAUACAACACAUCAAAUCUGAUCGAGGAUCUCAAGAUUCUGUAUAGAACAGCUGGCCAGCAGGGCAAAGGAAUCACUUUUGUUUUCACAGACAAUGAGAUUAAGGAGGAGUCAUUUCUGGAAUAUAUGAACAAUGUUUUAUCAUCGGGUGAGGUCUCCAACCUCUUUGCUCGCGACGAGAUGGAUGAAAUAAAUAGUGACCUUGUAUCAGUCAUGAAAAAGGAACACCCCAGGCGCCCCCCUACCAACGAGAACCUGCAUGACUACUUCAUGAGUCGGGUCCGACAGAACCUUCACACUGUGCUCUGCUUCUCACCGGUGGGGGAGAAGUUCCGAAACCGAGCUUUGAAGUUCCCUGCCCUCAUUUCGGGGUGCACCAUUGACUGGUUCAGCAGAUGGCCAAAGGACGCCCUGGUUGCUGUGUCUGAACACUUCCUCUCAUCCUAUGAAAUUGACUGCAGUUUGGAAACCAAGAAGGAAGUGGUCCAGUGCAUGGGCUCCUUCCAAGAUGGCGUCGCGGAGAAGUGUGUCGAUUAUUUUCAGCGGUUCCGACGUUCUACCCACGUGACCCCCAAAUCAUAUCUCUCUUUUAUCCAGGGCUAUAAGUUCAUUUAUGGAGAAAAGCACAUGGAAGUGCAAACUCUGGCCAACAGAAUGAAGACCGGAUUGGAAAAGCUCAAAGAAGCAUCGGAGUCUGUUGCCGCUCUGAGCCGAGAGCUGGAAGUGAAGGAGAAGGAGUUGCAAGUGGCCAAUGACAAAGCCGACACGGUCUUAAAAGAAGUGACAAUGAAAGCCCAGGCUGCUGAAAAGGUCAAAGCUGAGGUGCAGAAGGUGAAGGACAAAGCCCAGACCAUAGUGGACAGCAUCUCUAAAGAUAAAGCCGUGGCCGAGGAAAAGCUGGAAGCCGCCAAACCAGCAUUGGAGGAAGCAGAGGCGGCUUUGCAGACCAUCAAGCCCUCAGAUAUCGCGACUGUCCGCACAUUGGGCCGGCCCCCUCAUCUCAUCAUGAGGAUAAUGGACUGUGUGCUCCUGCUGUUUCAGAGGAAAGUCAACACUGUGAAAGUUGACCUGGAGAAAAGCUGCACCAUCCCCUCAUGGCAGGAGUCUUUAAAACUGAUGACCGCGGGGAACUUUUUACAGAACCUGCAGCAAUUUCCCAAAGACACAAUCAAUGAAGAAGUGAUUGAGCUUUUGAAUCCUUACUUUGAAAUGUCAGACUACAACAUUGAAACUGCUAAGCGUGUGUGUGGGAACGUAGCUGGACUUUGUUCUUGGACCAAAGCCAUGGCUUCCUUCUUUUCUAUAAACAAAGAGGUGCUGCCUCUGAAGGCCAACUUGGUGGUGCAGGAGAAUCGCCACGUCUUGGCCAUGCAGGACCUGCAGAAGGCCCAGGCUGAGCUGGACGACAAGCAAACACAGCUGGAUGUGGUGCAGGCAGAGUAUGAAAAGGCCAUGACGGAAAAGCAGACCUUGCUUGAAGAUGCAGAACGUUGCAGACACAAGAUGCAGACUGCUUCUGCACUCAUUGGGGGCCUGGCGGGAGAAAAAGAAAGAUGGACAGAGCAAAGUAAAGAGUUUGCUGCCCAAACAAAAAGACUUGUUGGGGAUGUAUUGUUGGCGACAGCUUUCCUAUCUUAUUCUGGUCCAUUUAACCAAGAAUUCCGCAAUCUGCUGUUAAAUGACUGGCAGAAGGAAAUGAAAGCCCGGGAGAUCCCAUUCGGAGCUGAUCUCAAUCUCAACGAGAUGCUGAUUGAUGCCCCUACGAUUAGUGAAUGGAGCCUCCAGGGUCUGCCAAAUGAUGAUCUGUCCAUCCAGAAUGGGAUUAUCGUCACCAAGGCAUCUCGCUACCCUCUGUUAAUCGAUCCACAGACUCAAGGCAAGAUCUGGAUUAAAAAUAAAGAAAUUCAGAAUGAACUACAGAUCACAUCUCUCAAUCACAAGUACUUCAGAAACCAUCUGGAGGACAGCCUUUCUCUUGGAAGACCCUUGUUGAUUGAAGACGUUGGAGAGGAACUAGAUCCAGCCCUGGAUAAUGUUUUGGAGAGAAACUUCAUCAAGACUGGGUCUACCUUUAAGGUAAAAGUUGGUGACAAAGAAGUGGACGUGAUGAAUGGUUUUAGACUCUACAUUACCACCAAGCUGCCCAACCCAGCCUAUACUCCCGAAAUCAGUGCUCGCACCUCCAUCAUCGACUUUACAGUGACCAUGAAAGGUCUGGAAGACCAGUUACUGGGCAGAGUCAUUCUCACUGAGAAGCAGGAACUAGAGAAAGAAAGAACUCAUCUCAUGGAAGACGUGACAGCAAACAAAAGAAGGAUGAAGGAGCUAGAAGACAAUUUGCUUUACCGCCUGACCAGUACUCAGGGGUCCCUGGUGGAAGACGAGAGUCUUAUCGUUGUGCUGAGUAAUACGAAGAAGACAGCUGAGGAGGUGACGCAGAAGUUGGAGAUUUCAGCUGAGACAGAAAUUCAGAUUAACUCAGCCCGGGAAGAAUACAGACCUGUGGCCACACGGGGCAGCGUCCUCUACUUCCUCAUCACGGAGCUGCGUUUGGUGAAUGAGAUGUAUCAGACGUCUCUCCGCCAGUUCCUGGGCUUGUUUGACCUUUCCUUAGCCAGGUCUGCCAAGAGCCCCAUCACCAGCAAGCGCAUCUCUAACAUCAUGGAGCACAUGACCUACGAGGUCUUCAGGUACACGUCCCGCGGCCUGUAUGAGGAGCACAAGUUCCUCUUCACCCUGCUGCUCACCCUUAAGAUUGACAUCCAGAGGGGCCGAGUCAAGCACGAAGAGUUCCUCACGCUGAUCAAAGGAGGUGCCUCAUUGGACCUUAAAGCUUGUCCUCCAAAACCAUCUAAGUGGAUCCUGGACAUGACCUGGCUGAAUUUGGUGGAACUCAGUAAACUUCGGCAGUUUUCAGAUGUCCUUGAUCAGAUCUCAAGAAAUGAGAAAUUAUGGAAGAUUUGGUUUGACAAAGAAAACCCAGAAGAGGAACCACUGCCAAAUGCCUACGAUAAGUCUCUUGACUGCUUUCGACGUCUUCUUCUUAUUAGAUCCUGGUGUCCAGACAGAACGAUAGCUCAAGCCCGCAAGUACAUCAUGGACUCCAUGGGAGAGAAAUACGCUGAAGGAGUUAUCCUGGACUUGGAAAAGACGUGGGAGGAGUCAGACCCUCGGACACCACUCAUCUGCCUCUUGUCUAUGGGUUCAGACCCCACGGAUUCCAUCAUCGCCUUGGGAAAGAGAUUGAAAAUCGAGACCCGCUAUGUGUCCAUGGGGCAGGGCCAGGAAGUGCAUGCCCGGAAACUCUUACAACAGACCAUGGCAAACGGAGGAUGGGUCCUGCUGCAGAACUGCCACCUGGGCCUUGAUUUCAUGGCUGAGCUCAUGGACAUCAUCACAGAGACCGAGACUGUACAUGACGCCUUCCGCCUGUGGAUGACCACCGAGGUUCACAGACAGUUCCCUAUCACACUCCUUCAGAUGGCCGUUAGAUUUGCCAAUGAGCCACCCCAGGGCCUCCGGGCAGGAUUAAAAAGAACAUAUGGUGGUGUGAGUCAGGACCUGCUGGACGUGAGCACAGUGGCCCAGUGGAAGCCCAUGCUGUACGCAGUCGCCUUUCUUCACUCCACAGUCCAGGAGAGGCGCAAGUUUGGUCCUUUGGGGUGGAACAUCCCCUAUGAGUUCAAUCAAGCUGACUUUAAUGCCACUGUGCAGUUCAUUCAAAACCACUUAGAUGACAUGGAUAUAAAGAAGGGUGUUUCCUGGACCACCGUCUGCUACAUGAUUGGAGAGAUUCAAUAUGGAGGCAGAGUCACAGACGAUUACGACAAAAGAUUGUUGAACACCUUUGCUAAGGUUUGGUUCAGUGAAAAUAUGUUUGGGCCGGAUUUCAGCUUUUACCAAGGAUAUAACAUUCCGAAAUGUAACACAGUGGACAACUACCUUCACUACAUCCAGAGCUUGCCAACCUACGACAGUCCUGAGGUGUUUGGGCUGCACCCCAAUGCUGACAUCACCUACCAGAGCAAGCUGGCCAAGGACGUUCUGGACACCAUCUUGGGCAUCCAACCCAAGGACAGUUCUGGUGGAGGGGACGAGACCCGGGAGGUGGUGGUGGCAAGGCUGGCUGAUGACAUGCUGGAGAAACUGCCUCCGGACUACAGCCCUUUUGAGGUUAAAGAGAGACUGCAGAAGAUGGGGCCAUUCCAGCCGAUGAACAUUUUCCUAAAGCAGGAGAUAGAUAGAAUGCAGAGGAUUCUCACCCUGGUCCGAAGCUCCCUCACUGAGCUGAAACUUGCUAUCGACGGUACCAUCAUCAUGAGCGAAAAUCUCCGUGACGCCCUGAACUGCAUGUUUGAUGCCAGAAUCCCUGCUCAGUGGAAGAAGGCAUCGUGGAUUUCAAGUACACUGGGCUUCUGGUUCACUGAACUUCUGGAGAGAAACUGCCAGUUCACCUCUUGGGUUUUCAAUGGCCGACCCCACUGCUUCUGGAUGACUGGCUUCUUUAACCCCCAGGGAUUUUUAACUGCAAUGCGACAGGAAAUCACGAGGGCUAACAAAGGCUGGGCUUUGGACAACAUGGUGCUUUGCAACGAAGUCACCAAGUGGAUGAAGGAAGAUAUUUCAGCCCCACCCACGGAGGGCGUUUAUGUCUAUGGCCUGUAUCUGGAAGGUGCUGGCUGGGACAAGAGGAACAUGAAACUUAUUGAGUCUAAACCCAAAGUGCUUUUUGAGUUGAUGCCCGUCAUAAGGAUUUAUGCAGAAAACAGCACUCUAAGAGACCCUCGGUUUUAUUCCUGUCCAAUCUACAAGAAGCCCGUCCGGACGGACUUGAACUACAUUGCCGCUGUGGACCUUAGGACAGUCCAGGAUCCUCAACACUGGGUGCUCCGUGGGGUCGCUCUUCUCUGCGAUGUCAAGUAACGGGGUCCUGUCCAUUCCGCGAGGUUCAGGAAAAUGCAGCCCCCUCGUGAUCCUGAUCCUGACCUUCCUUCUGGAAGGAGCAUUGGGAAAUGCGCCACUCGCGUGCUGGUGCGCAGGGUGAACUGUGCUGGUUGGGUUUCCUCCUCUUCCUCUAGAUAUUUUAUUACACUUCACCUGUUUCAGCAUUAACGACCAAUCCCUGAGUCUGUUGUGAAAUCAUUUGGUAACGUAAGCAUAAAAUAUAAACCCUCAAAAUAAUAGCUUACUACAAUUCUUUUUUUUUUUUUUUUUUUAACUGGAGCACAGUUCAGCUCCAGUUUAUGGUUUAUGGUGGAUUGAACCUGACAUUUUGGAACCUCAGGCAAGAGAGUCUCUUUGCAUAAACAUUAUGCUAGGCUGCAAAUCUUGCACGCUUAAAGCUGAAGCUUCUGUUCCCAGUGACACAUGUAAUAAGCGGUCUCUGGUCUUUCUCUCUCUCAUCUGAAAUAGAUAAACUAAAUCUUCAAAAAAGAAUAAGAGGAAUGUUUUAGAAAUAGUGAUCUAGUGAUGGUCUUAGAUGUAAGACUUUUUGAUACCCAUUUGCUCUUUCUUUCUUAAAGCAGGCAAACUAUCCAGGUGAGCUGUUGGGUGUUUGGGAAAGUCAAGAUUUAGUUUCUUCCUCUCUUUCUUUUUCUUUUUUGUCUCCAGGGUUAUUGCUGGGGCUCAGUGCUGACAAUACAAAUCCACUGCUUGUGGUGGCUGGCCAUUUUUCAUUUCUGUUGAAUUGCAAACAGGGAGCUGGGGGCUUAAACAUGGAUCCAUGCAUGAGACUUUGCACUUCGUACUAUCUGAUCUUAAUCUAGUGCACCACCGCCUGGCUCCCAAGACAUAGUUUUUCUGAGCAAAGAUAUAUCUGUUCUAACAGCCCAAUCUCCAUAUGGCUGACCCAAUGCAUCAGUUUUAAUUUAUGUUGAUGUGAUUACCAGCUGUCUAUCUGUUCAUUCAAAUUCAGUUUUACUUAUUUCUCCAAAGUGACUAAAAACAAAAAUAAAAUAUGCUAAUAUGAAAAAAAAAAUGUAUGCCCUCCUAGUGAAGCCUGA